AUGGCAGAAUUGGAUGACAAUUAUAACCAUUGGGAUUUAGAAAGUGAUGAAUAUCGUAUGCCAGGUUAGGUUAUUAAAAAUUACAAUUCACAUCACAAUGAGCCACAACCAGUAUCUAAUUAUAUUUAUACUAUGCUAAAAAACCAGACUGUUCAGUUGAAAAUUAGAGUAGAUCCUCUGACACUGAAAAUUAUUAUACUCAUGCUCCACUUGUAACAAAUAACCAUUUAUUCUAUUAUUCAGUUUACCGAAAAACCAAAAUGUACGCCUCUUGUCAAGAAAGUAAUCAUUGAAUUUGAGGAAGAGGAGCCCAGAAAAAUGGGCACCCCUUCAAGUCAUGAAGCCAUCUCAUUACAAACACCUAAAAGUAUGAGAAGUCAACAACCCCAUAAAACUAAAGCUGCUGAAAAAAUUAGAGCACGAUUAUCAAAGCCUUAAAUACUCAGUAAGAACUAAAUUCGUCAAAAGCAGUUGUAAAGAUUUAUAGAUGGAUGGGGUUUUUCAUUAUUGAUGGCUCUUGUGACAAUCUAUGCAUUAUUUGGAGAUGAUAUAAGAAUCUUAUCUGUCAACAAGGAUGGAGAUGACAUUUUCUUUAUUUUGACAUCAGUUUGUAUUGCGUGUUUCACAAUAGAAAUUGUAUUAACUUGCAUAGUCAAUCCAGCCUAUCUAUUUAAUUUUUACUUUUGGCUUGAUUUGAUAUCUACUGCAACAAUGAUAUUAGACAUCGGUUGGCUUACAGAUCAUUGGUACGGUGAUGAGGGGGAUGUUUAAAAUGCUGCCACUCUCAAAGCUUUAGGCAAGGCUUCAAGAACAGCAAGGAAAGCGGCCAGGGUGAUAAGAAUUAUAAGAUUAGUUAGAUUGAUCAAAUUAUAUAAACAUGCGAGAUAACAAAUAGAAAAAGAAAAACAAAAAAGUAUUCUGUAAGAAUUGCUAUUGAAAGAUGAACAGAAACUCAAUUCAUCAUAAUAAUAGCAUCAAUAAUAAUAGAACAAAUAAAAAUAAAAUUAUUUAAUUAGAAUUUCAGUAUUAUAGUAAAAUAAAAAGAAGCAUAAGGCAGGAGAUCUGAAUUCUUAACUCCCUUAUAUCAAUAAAAGUAAAAAUUCUAGAUCUUAAUCAGAACAUGAUCAAAACAGUAGUAAUAAUGAACAAUUAAAAUAAUCAACUCAUUCAUAAAGUGAUUAAAUCUAAGAAUCUCAUGUAGGAUCUCAAUUGUAAGACUUAGUAAUGAGAAGAGCCAUUACUAUUAUUAUUUCCAUAUUAAUAAGCAUUCCAAUUCUUACUUUGGAUACAUAUUCUGAAAUUAUUAAUAGCUAUGACUCUGGAAUAUUGAGAAUUAGUUAAUUUAGAAAGAAUUUACCAAUUACAGAUAUGCUUAUCUAACAGUAUGUAUAAUUCCAUAAUCACGAAAUCUACCCUAUUCAAUCAGUUUUAGUACUCCAAGAUGAUUUAAAUCAAAUAUAUACUGAGUAUAAUUAUACUAAAAAUCCUGAGUGGUUUUAAUCAACAGAAAUGGUCAAAAGCCAAUAUCGAUUUUCAGAUCAAUAAUACUUUGUAACAACCGAUGCUAACAAUUAAUUGAUCACAUACUCUGUUUCAGAUUUGGUCGAUUAUAAUAAAAUUAAUGCUAUAUUAUCUAUUUUUUAAACUGUAUUUGUUUGUAUUGUGUUGGCAUUAAGUGCCAUUUUGUUUAAUAAAGAUGUCACAGAAUUAAUAAUUGAACCUAUUGAAACAAUGAUACAAAAGAUAGAAUUAAUAGCUAACAAUCCACUUGAGGCUGUAAAUAUUGAAGAAUAGGAAGAUCUUAUUACCUAGGAACAAAUUGAGUAGACUACAGAGACAUAUUUGUUACAAGAACUUAUAAUGAAAAUAGGAGCAUUAUUGGCUGUUGGUUUUGGAGAAGCAGGUUCAGAGAUUAUAGCAGAAAAUAUUAAAAAGGGUGGAAGUGUAGAUCCUAUGAUACCUGGAAAAAGAGUGCUUGCAAUUUUUGGUUUUUGUGAUAUUCGUAAUUUUACUGAUGCCACUGAAGUAUUAUAAGAAGAUGUUAUGGUUUUUGUUAAUGAAAUUGCAGAAAUUGUCCAUUUUACAGUUGAUACGUAUGGUGGUUCUGUUAAUAAAAAUAUUGGAGAUGCAUUUCUCCUAGUGUGGAAGUAUCCUGACAUGAAAUAUCACGUAGAUCCAUAAACAAAUAAAGGAGAUAUGGCAGUGUUAUCAUUUUUGAAAAUCAUAAUCUCUGUAUCUCUUUCAAAAAAAUUAGAAAAAUAUAAAAGACAUGAAGGACUCAAUUCCAGAAUUAAAGAUUAUUGUGUUCGAAUGGGGUUUGGUUUGCAUUUGGGCUGGGGUAUUGAAGGUGCAAUAGGAUCAUCCUUUAAAAUUGAUGUUUCAUAUUUGAGUCCAAAUGUCAAUAUGGCAUCCAGAUUAGAAGCUGCAACUAAAUAAUUUGGCACAUAUAUACUGAUUAGUGGAGUUUUAAAGAGAAAUUUAACAUAAGCGUGCCAAAAUCAUAUAAGAUUAAUUGAUGUUGUAACAGUCAAGGGAAGUAUUGAGCCUGUGGAAUUAUACACAGUGGAUUUGUCAAUAAAGAAUCUAUUAAAUAAAUUUAAGGAGCCAAGAGAUAUUUUUGAUAUUAGUCGGAUGAAACCAAGAGAAUAAAAAUAAUUCAGAGUUGUUAAUAGAUACAAGAGAAAUCUCUUAAUAAGGAGCGUUGAGGAUGAUAAAAUUCAACUUGCAACACUUUUUGAAAAAGAUGAAGAUUUGAUUGCAGCCAGAGAACUAUAUACUUAAGAAUUCUAUGAUACAUGGAUUUCAGGUUUUAAUUCUUAUAUCAGGGGAGAAUGGGAUGAGGCUUAAAAGAUUUUCAUGAAAACAUUAAAUAUGAUACCUGAACACAAAGAUGGUCCAUCAAACACAUUAUUGGAAGUUAUAAAUUCAGCUGGAGGUAGAGCGCCUUAUGAUUGGAAGGGCUUUAGAGAACUCACAGAAAAAUGA